CUUCCAACCUCUAUGCCUAUGAAAGCAUGGAUAUUGAGUUUGAAUGUGCAGUCUCUGGGAAGCCUGUGCCCACUGUGAAUUGGAUGAAGAAUGGAGAUGUGGUCAUUCCUAGUGAUUAUUUUCAGAUAGUGGGAGGAAGCAACCUACGAAUCCUUGGGGUGGUGAAGUCAGAUGAAGGCUUUUAUCAGUGUGUGGGUGAAAAUGAGGCUGGAAACGCCCAGACCAGUGCACAGCUCAUUGUUCCUAAGCCUGCUAUCCCGAGCUCCAGCAUCCUCCCUUCUGCUCCCAGAGACGUGGUCCCUGUCCUGGUUUCCAGUCGGUUUGUCCGUCUCAGCUGGCGCCCGCCCGCAGAAGCAAAAGGGAACAUUCAAGCCUUCACGGUUUUUUACUCCAGAGAAGGUGACAACAGGGAACGAGCAGUGAAUACAUCCCAGCCUGGGUCCCUUCAGUUUACUGUGGGAAACCUGAAGCCAGAAGCCAUGUACACCUUCCGAGUCGUGGCCUACAACGAGUGGGGACCAGGGGAGAGCUCUCAGCCCAUCAAGGUGGCCACUCAGCCUGAGUUGCAAGUUCCAGGGCCAGUAGAAAAUCUGCAAGCCGUAUCUACCUCACCUACCUCAGUUCUUAUUACCUGGGAACCCCCUGCCUAUGCAAAUGGUCCAGUACAAGGUUACAGAUUGUUCUGCACUGAAGUGUCCACGGGGAAGGAACAGAAUAUAGAGGUUGAUGGACUAUCUUAUAAGCUGGAAGGCCUGAAAAAAUUCACGGAAUAUAGUCUUCGAUUCCUAGCUUACAAUCGCUACGGACCAGGAGUAUCUACUGAUGACAUAACUGUGGUUACACUUUCUGAUGUGCCAAGUGCCCCGCCUCAGAAUGUCUCCCUGGAAAUAGUUAAUUCAAGGAGUAUCAAAGUAAGCUGGCUGCCUCCUCCACCAGGAACACAAAAUGGAUUUAUUACCGGCUAUAAAAUUCGACACAGAAAGACAACCCGCAGGGGUGAGGUGGAAACACUGGAGCCAAACAACCUCUGGUACCUGUUCACAGGACUGGAGAAAGGAAGUCAGUACAGUUUUCAAGUGUCAGCCAUGACAGUCAAUGGCACUGGACCACCUUCCAACUGGUACACAGCAGAGACUCCGGAGAAUGAUCUCGAUGAGUCUCAAGUCCCUGACCAGCCAAGCUCUCUUCAUGUGAGGCCCCAGACCAACUGCAUCAUCAUGAGUUGGACUCCUCCCUUGAACCCAAAUAUUGUGGUGCGAGGUUACAUCAUCGGUUAUGGCGUUGGGAGCCCUUAUGCCGAGACAGUACGUGUGGACAGUAAACAGCGAUAUUAUUCCAUUGAGAGGUUAGCGAAGACUGCCACUAUGUCCUGCCUGCCAUCUGCCCGAACAUGGGUGGCUGUCACUCCAGGACCUUGCUUCAGAAGUGUAAGCUCCCUUGUUCAUUGGUGUCUCUUGCUGACUCUGGGCUCUUUCUUCGGUCUUGACGCUAUGCAGAUGCAGGGCUUUGUAGGCCUGCGGGGUACAGCCCAGCAAGGACGUUAG